AUGAACACUCAUCGCCCUUUUCCGGUUUCGGUUUGUUUCCUUCGCCUGGCUUUUUCUUGUCUCCUGCAUCCGUUCUCGACACGCUUUGUUUUCCACAGAGGGUUUUUCAUCAUCUUCUCCGGCGUCUUCUCGGCGUACAUCAUCGCCACGAUGAUCCGCACCAUGCCGAUCGACCAGUUGGAGAAGCUCACGGCCGAGCUAGGGGGCGGAAACGAGAUCGCCGACUUGGAGGCGCAGAGGAUCGAGACCACCAAGAGGUUUAAGGAGCUCACUAAGGACAUGGCGCAGGCCGCGGACCCUACGAUGGGGGUUAAGCCUGACGACGCGCUGUCGGAGAGGCUGAGCCAGCAGACGACGAAGGCGCUGCAGACGGACAUCGCAUCCAUAGAGGACGAGUACGGGGACUAGACUAGACUAGACGCCGAGGAGUCUUUGGUUGUUUUGGAUGGGUGAUUUUCGUUUUUGCGGUUUCCCGAAUCGUUGAUUGUUGACUGUUUUGACUCGCUAUGGCUUUUGGGGAUGUGCGGCUUGACCGUCCUCUCUCUGGUUGUUUUGCGUUGUCUCUUUCUCGCAGUUCGUGGUCGCCUGUUUUCUUCCUCGUCUCUUU